AUGAAGAGGAACCUUGAUUCAUUUCUCAAGGAGCAGCCCUCAUUGCCUUCUAAUUCACUGGCGCUCUCAACUGUGCCACCUCAAAAAGUUCACCUUACACCUAGUCGAAUUCUCAAGUCUACUAUGGUGACCACUACCAUCCAACUCACCCCCAAAGAGCAGCAGCUUCGUCAUCUCCUUCUUGAUGUAGCCAAGGCUAUAGACGAUGCCGGUCAAGCUUCCGAGCCCAUUGUCCUUCGUUGGGCUGGCGGCUGGGUACGCGACAAGCUGCUCAACAUCCAAAGUCAUGAUAUUGACGUUGCUAUCAACGCCAUGACUGGGGUUCCAUUCGCUCAAGCUAUGUGCGACUAUUGCGAAGGUCCAGAGGCCAUGGCUAAGCACAAUAUUGGUCCUGCGGAUAUUGGUAACUUGCACAAUGUUGCCCGCAACCCGGAAAAGUCCAAGCACCUCGAAACUGCCAUGGUCAAGAUGUUUGGCUUAGAUCUUGAUUUCGUCAACCUUCGGAAAGAGACGUACACUGAGGAUAGCCGUAAUCCGCAAAUGGAAUUUGGUACAGCAGAAGAAGAUGCACGUCGUCGCGACGCGACUGUGAAUGCACUCUUCUACAAUUUGCAUGAUGACUGUGUUGAAGAUUUCACAGGAGGGCUGACGGAUAUGGAUGCCAAGAUCAUCAGGACACCUCUGGAGCCUUUCCAGACAUUUAUGGAUGACCCUUUAAGAGUGCUGCGCCUUGUGCGCUUCGCUAGCCGUCUGCAAUUCACAAUUGAUGAGAAUACACGCAAGUUCAUGGCAGAUCCAAAGGUAUUGGAGGCACUUCGUGUCAAAAUCAGCCGGGAGCGUGUAGGUGUAGAGCUUGAGAAGAUGCUGAAAGGUUGUAUUCACAUAAACAAGUUUCAUUAUGCAGCAAUCACUAAUACUCAAGUAGGGGCUCAUCCAUACCAAGCGCUUGAAUUCAUCGAUAAUCUUCACCUCUUUCACGCCAUCUUCACCGAUCCAACUCAGGAAAACCUCCCGGUUCCAGAUGUCUCGCGGUUGAGUGUUACGUACACUUGUCUUGACGAGCUUCUGCAAGACCGAAGCUCGACUUCUGUCGCCAGCAGACUCAUCACUUCUGUCGAUGCCCCCUAUUUGGCCUGGAAUUUAGCCGCUCUCUCGCCCUGGAUGAUGGUCGAGGACCCUCCAAACCCGCGCAAGAAGCCAAGUUCUCCUCCGCUUGUGGCCACUAUCUCUCGCGAAGGCUUCAAGGCCCCGAACAGGUUAUCUGAUAUCGUUGCUGCCGCCCACCGCCACCGGGAAGAGAUUAUGGAACUGAAGAAUGCCGUUUGUGCCGGGAAGCCGAUGGUUCAGGAGCGAGACCGCUUUGGUAUGGCUAUCCGGAAAUGGGAUUCGCCGGCUGGUACCUGGAGACUACAAAUUUUGAAUGCACUAUUAGUAGAAGCCCUAGGAACUCUCCCGGAAUGGCGCCGUGAUGGAUCAGCAAAGCAAGAAAGCUUUUUAGCAGGCUGGAUCAGCUUCCUCGACCAUAUGGCCAAAUUGGAUGUCUAUGAAGCCCCAUCACUCAAAGCAAUUCUCAAUGGCCGAGAAUUGGCUCAAGCACUCGGCACCAAACCUGGUAAAUGGACGGGGCAGGCCCUAGAAGUGGUUCUUGCCUGGCAAUUCCGCAAUCCUGGUGAAACAGACCCAGCAGGCGCGAUAGAACAAGUGCAGAAGCAAAGGAAAGAGUUAGGCAUACCAUAG